AUGGUUUACAAACUCUGCGAUAUUGAUAAUGUUCCAGUCAUGAAAAUUAGUCAGGAAAUUGCGAAAACAACUUUACCAGGGUGCAAGGAAGUCUACCGUCUCUUUGAUUCCCAGGGAGUGCCCAUUCUCGACUUUAUUGAUCUCGUUUCUAAUCCGGCACCUAAACAAAAGGAGAAAGUAUACUGCCAACAUGUCACUGUCGACUCCAAACGAUGCUAUGUAAUCCCAAGCAAAGUGGAGUCUAUACUUAAACUUAUCUGGAACGAUGGCUUAGCAGUAUUUGACGGUCAAGAAACCGACCUGAGCUAUCAUGACUAUCUCUCCACUUGUCGAGCUAGAUGCAUCAGUAGGCUCAAGCAAGCUAGAAGGGAUCUCUUGAGGCCCACUAACCCUGCUCCGUACAAAAUCAGCACGAGUAAAGAGUACGCUGAAUUAUAUAAGGAACUAUGGGACUCUAAGGCGCCAGUUAUCCUCUACAAGUAA